AUGUCCAUCUCCACUCCUACAUCAAGCGACGAUAAAGGCAAGAUUAGACCUCCAUUCACGCUGAAAGUCGCAGAAACCAAAGAUGAGAUUGAAGCUUGUUAUGAUAUCAGGAUAGAGGUCUUUUCCGUUGAACAGGGAUUCCCACUAGAUACUGAGAUUGACGAAUAUGAUCCUAUAUCUGUUCAUUUCCUCUUGACGACCCCGAUAGCCUCACCGCCAAGUGAAGAAACCACCACUCCAGGUCAAUCCGAGUUGAAUGGAGAGACGACCGAAAAACCAAUAGGUACAAUACGAUACGUCCCUUCUUUAAGCAAAUUGACUAGGUUGGCAGUAGAUAAGGAAUAUAGAUCAUUCGGAUUUGGUAGGGUACUAGUUGAUGGAAUGCAUAAAUGGAUCAAAGAUAAUAUCGAUAAAUUAGAAGAAAAGAAAAUAACAGAAAAAGAUGGAAAGAGAUUUAUCAAAGUCAAAUGUCAUUCUCAAAUCCCUGUCAUACCAUUCUACGCUAGAAUGGGGUACGUCUCGGAAGGACCAGAAUUUGACGAGGAGGGAGCUCCGCACCAAUUGAUGGUAUAUGAGACUGAGCUAUCAUAA